AUGAAAAAUCAAAAUUCAAGCUCAAAAUCAAGUGCUAUUAUAAAACCAUCAUCAUCUGCUUCGAUUAAACAAAAAACUAAAAUGACGGACAAGGAGAAUAAACAACAACAACAACAAUCACCACAACAGCAACAAUCAUUUGAAGAAGAUAUUAAUUCACCAUCGAUUAGUAAUCUUCCAAUCGAGUCUAAUGAAAAGGAAACAAAAGAACAUGAAAUAAUAAUUUAUGAAUUUCAUUUUCCUAUUGAUCUUUGUGGUCGUCUUAUUGGUCGACAAGGUGUUCAUGUUGAUUACAUACGUCAGAUGACUCAAGUUGAUUUAGUUGUACGAGAUGAUGCUGUUUCUUAUGAAAAACAAGUUGUUGCUUUACAUGGUCGACGUGUUGAUAUUGAACGAGCAAUUGAAUUAAUAGCAAAACGUUUUCCACCUGAACGUUAUCCUCAAGUCGCAUUUAAACCUAUUAAUAAAAAGAUUAUUUUACGUCAACGUGCACCUGAAUGUAUACCAAUUCCUUCAGCAGUUGCUCAACUUUCUUUACCCGAUGGAAUACCAACAGAAGUUCUUGUUACAAGUGUUGUUUCAUGUAAUCAUAUAUUUGUACAACAGAUCUUACAUCCAUCUUAUCCUGAACUUACUCGUCUCGAUAAUUCAAUGUCAGUUUUCUAUCAUCAUACAGAAAUGACACCGGUUUUACCUCGACCUAUUCAACCUGGUGUAAUAUGUGCAGCACCAACGCAAGCUGGCUGGUUUCGAGCAUUGAUUACUGUAUAUAACAGUAAUGAUGAUAUGGCUAUGAUUAAAUUUCUUGAUUAUGGAGGUUAUCUUUAUAUACCUGCAAGCUCAUUACGUGUUCUCAGACAAGAUUUUAUGAUUAUUCCAUUUCAAGCAGUUGAAGUAUAUUUGGACAAUGUUGUACCAGCAGAUAAUCAAGAGGAUUUUACACCUGAAUCCAUUGAAUCAGUUAAAACAACAAUACUUGGCUCAUGUUUCAAAGCAAUUGUAACUGGUUAUCAUUAUGAUAAUACACCAUUUAUUCAAUUAACAAAACGUUAUGGAAACUCACGUCCUGUUAAUGGUGAUAUUCAAAAAAUAAUCAAUAGUCAACAACAACAAAUAUUGAUGAGUAACGAUCCUACAAUAACAGUUAAUACUCCUACUACUUCUUUGUUAACUAAUCAAUUUGAACAAUCCGUAUCGGAUGUCUCAACAAUGUCAUCAAAUUCAAAUUCUAAUAGUUGA